AUGAACGCCGAGCCCGUACAUCGGCGAAAGAAUACUCGUGUGAAAUUCCAGGAUAGUGACAUCUUCCUGAGCGCUUGUAUGUCUGGUGAUGAGGAAGAAGUAGAAGAAUUACUCGCUAAAGGAGCUGAUAUAAACACUGCCACUGUUGACGGCUUGACUGCUUUGCACCAGUCAGUCAUCGACAGUAAACCAGACAUGGUGCGAUUUUUAUGUGAAAAGGGUGCUGACGUAAAUGCUCAAGACAAUGAGGGUUGGACUCCUCUGCAUGCAGCAGCUUGCUGCGGAAAUUUAGCUAUAGUUAAAUAUCUGUGCCAAAACGGGGCUCGACUUAACGUAAUCAACAGGUACGCAAAGUUCCCAUUGAUUAUGAUUUUGCUUAUCCCACUAUUUUCGAUCAUCCUUGUUCGUUGCAGUGAUAAAGAAUUAGCGUUGGACUUAGCUGACGACGAGUCGUGUAGGGAAUAUCUUGAACGUGAUUAUCGCGAUCAGGGAGUGAUUCCUGAGCAGUGUCGUGAUCAAGAACUGGCAAUAAUGAUGAGAGACGCUCAGCAGUGGCUUCGCGAUGGGGAGUAUCGUGACCAACCUCAUCGUCGCACAGGAGCGACUGCUUUGCAUGUUGCAGCAGCGAAGGGUUAUACGCAACUUCUUGAGCUGCUCAUUAAAGCUGGUGGAAAUAUACGAGCACCAGAUAAGGAUGGCUGGACUCCACUGCAUGCAGCAGCUCACUGGGCUGAAAGGGAUUCAUGUAAGAUAUUGAUGGAACACGGUGCAAGUAUUAUGGAUACUAACUAUGCAGGACAAAACGUGUUGGCCGUUGCUGACAAAGAUGUCGUGGAGUAUUUGGAGGAUUUGGAGCGAUCAGUUGACAAACGAAAGUCACCACCUACUGCUCCUGCUGGCAUAUUACAGGAGAAAAACGCCCGAAUGUCACAUGAGGAGCACACCAGUGUACUUUCUACAGAGCACAAACGGGAGCUGAAACACAAGGAUCAAGCGAGCGAAAAUGAAGUGUUACACUCAUCUGUGAAGUUGCGAAAAAUAGAAGAAAGAUCGCCAUCACCGCCGUCAGAGGCACCAUCACUGCAGGACGCCUCAAGUAUUGAGAGCCAGCCCAGCUCUCCACCAGUUGUGGUAAAUGAGAAGGUCUCAUCAGGAGAAAGGAGCGCCAGCGAACCUCCUUCUCUGCCAAGAACAACACAAGAGACGCCUGCUGAUCGUUUCCCUUCAUGUACACGAUCUACUGUAUCGGCAGAUCGAUCGUUGUCAUCCCCCGUAAAAACAAUUGGAUUAAGUCGUUCUGCUAACGUACCUGUAUCCAUUGCUGAUGCUGCGAAGUCAUCGGACGGCUCAACGUCUUCAAUUCAAAGUGGUGAUCAACAUGUUUCCGCCACUGUUUCAAUACCUACUAGGCCUUUGCAACAGCCUAACUCAUGGAUCAACCGUGGAGUGCAACUCGUAACACGAUCCGGCAGCUCAAGCGGGUCAUCUGGAACCCGUUCUUCGACAGCGGCAUCGUCCGAUUCUUCUUCUUCACCUAUGUCCAUGUCUUUGGCUACAUCUUCAGGAAGUAGUGUGCCAUUCACUGGAACAACUCCUUCUGUCCUUUCAAAACCGCCUAGUGCUCCCGUGCCGAUGCAGCGAUCGACAUCAACUCCGUCGAACUUACCAUGGGCUUCCCUUUCACGUGUGAAGAAUCCUAUGUCUGUCGAUGCGCAGACUCCCACCAUGGCUUCCUCUUGUUCACCCUUUGUGCAAAGCAAAAUCUCCGCAUUUCGUCCACUUGUCCACCCGACCGAGGCUGCUCCUCCAGUAGUGUGUGGUGAAUUGCCGCGUGGUCUCCAUCCGCAUCAGCUCAAUCCAAGCAAAAUGAGGCCAUGGCAGUCCAGUGCUGUUAUUGAAAGCGAAGCUGAAAGACGGAAUACAGCAAGGAUGCAGCGGCAACAUCGCCGUUCAACACAAGGAGUGACUAAGGAACAUCUUGAGGAAGCUAGUCGAAUAGCAAUGGCUGAAAACGCUCGACGACGAGCUUUAGCUGCAACUCAAAACGUAACUGCUAACGUCUCCAGUUGUUCUACUCCUAGGGAAACGGGUAUUGCUCGGCUUGCUUCGGAGGAACGCGAUUCCACAUCAAUGUGUUCGGAUCGAAGUUCGGGAAGUGUAGAACGAGGUUCAUUGGAUGAAUCACUUUCUAGUCGGGCAGGAAGUGCACCGCGAGACCAACCUGCCAUGGCUGAUCGUAGCAGUUCGGAACGCUCUCAACCAUCGUCGACAACUGCUGCACCUGCUGCACCUCUUUCACUGUCAUCCACUUCAACAGCAAAUUCAGCAGCCUCUGGAAUGCGAAGAAAGAGUCAGGGCUUGACAGUAUCUCGUUCGAAUCGUCGAGGUACGGGUCCCGUGCUGCCAGAGGACAUACAGGCGGCGGUGUCAGUUCGUCAGGUUACCGAAAGCGGUAACAGUACGACGACAACUGUACGUACUACAUCUGCUGAGCCUGCAUCACCAACAGUUCGUAUCUCUGGAACUGUCACUUCUGUUUUUACUCGCCCACCCGUAUCGACCGUUGCUGCUGCUCGUCCCGACGUUGUGCGAGGCUCUGUGGAAGUAGCUUCAAGCGUCAAUCCUGUGAGUCAGACGAGCACCACUACUCGAAAUGUGGCCCCCACGGCUGUUGUUGGGCGAGUACAACCCCGACUUCCCGGUCAAACUGUUGGCAACAAUUCUUAUACUUCGGCCACUUACACAAUUAAUUCGCGCCCGGCUGAGAUGAAUUUGAACUACAAAGCGCUUUACGAAAAAGAAAAACUCGAAUGUGAACGACUACGAAAGGAGAUCGAAGAAAUGAAACGUUCACAGGAACAUAGUGGUUCCGUAACCGCGUUACGUACAACGUCAUCACGGUUUCGAAUCGGUUCUCCUGCUGGCGGGCCGAAUCCGAUUGCGAAGUCGGCUUCGGGCAAUUCCUUAGACGAUGGCGAACGACGCACUUUAGAACGAAAGAUAGCUGAUCUCGAGAUUCAGCUCAAGGAAUUGGACGACCUCACUGCGGCCAAUUUGCAACUUCGUACAGAAAAUGCAGCCAUGAUGCGCGUUCUCGCUAAGCUCAGUCUUCCUGCUAGCCGGGUAUGA